AGCAGGGGGAGGCGAGAGGUAUGGGGAGAAACGCCUGCAGGAGGAGGAGGACAGACUGAGCCCAGCUGUUGGCUCAUUUACCCACCCAGGCGAACAAAGACCCGCUGUUUCUGACGGGGAUGACCUUCCCUUCAGAGUAUCCUGCCAGCCCGGAGACACUAGUCAAGCUGAGUGUGUAUGAUGCAAAGGACAAGAGCCAGGAAUCAAGCAGCUUCCUGGGUAGUGCCACAUUUUCAGUAGGCGAUUUGCUGAGGGCUAAAGAUGAACGCCUGGCCUUGAGUCUCAGGUCAUCUGAUGGUGUGUGCACAGCGGGAACUGUGGUGGUGAGUCGUCUGAAGAUGGGGGAGAUGGAGGAGGUUGACAUAGACCACAUCACCACCGACAUACCGUCACAGAAGUGUCCCUUGGUUUGUGACUCUGCGUCCCAUGCCUGCAUCGACAGAGAAAACAACCCUCUGACAGGACCAGUGUUCAAGAACCCAGUAAGCAAGGUGUACAGAUUUCAAACUAUGGACAGCAAAUGGAUGCUCGUGCGGGAACAAAUGGAGGAGUGCACGUUGUCCUUUAGCAUCCCCAAACAACUGCUCUCACUGUAUAUCCAGGAGGACAUGAGCAGGGUGCAGGACCUGAGGGAGCUGGGGGAGCUUUCUCCACACUGGGACAACUUAAGAAAAGAGGUGAUCACACGAUAUGGAGGAAUCAUCAGCUCCUACCAGGAGACUUUGGCAGAACUGGACAAGAUUACUGGUUGCUCAUUCAAGCCAAGCUGCUGCAAAGCCCAGAAAUCUCUGGAGUUCAUCCCGAUAAACUUACACACCCAGAGGAUGAGGGUGACGUGUCCCAGAAAAACAGAUGCAUUCUAUGACAUUGUGACUGUCGGUGCCCCUGCAGCCCACUUCCAGGGCUUCAAGUGUGGUGGUCUGCAGCGUCUCCUUAGCAGAUAUGAAGCAGAGAAAAAGAGCUUCAGCACUGCCUUCCAGUGUAUCUACUACUCUCCAGAGCACACAGCCAAAGCUCAGGAGGUACUCAGCACCAUGAGCCUCCUCCAGCCUCUCAUCACAAGUUUAGCGGACCAGCUCCUCCAGGCUGCCCAGGAGCACUCUUCCUCUGGACUGAGGGAUGCACUCAAGAACCUUUCUGACAAGACAGAACAAUUUGUUCACACACUUAAGGAUGAAUUGGUCAAGAGUGCACUACUAGCACUGCACGCAGCGCGCCCUGGGUACGUUUCCAAGAACCACACGCAAACCCCGGUGCAUCAAGGCUACAUCCACCAGAGUAGCGAACAGAGUCAGAGCCCAGUCCAGGGACUUCCAGGCCACAGUCCGGCUAUGUCAAUCACUGAGAGCACAGCAGUGUGUAAUAAUGUGGAAGGAUCGCAAACCAUGACAAGAGGAGAAGGUGGGCUUGUGAAGCACCAAGAGUCCAUACCGCACCAUAAAGAGUACGACGAGGAGGAAUGGGACAGGGUGUGGGCAAACGUGGCCAAAUGUCUCAACUGUGUAAUCGCCAUGGUGGAUAAAAUCCAGGAAGAAGACAACAACAAGCAAGAGCCGGUCACUGAGCAGCAGCUAGCUGAUGUCAUCACCUCACGCAACCCCGGCGACUGGAGGGAGCAGCUGAAUCCUCUGGUGACCAGGUUAAAGGAGUGUGUAAUGGAGGUGGUGGAGAAGGCUAAGAGAGCCAUGACCUUUGUGCUCCUGCAGGAGGCAGCCUGCAGCAUUCCACAGGGCUUCCUCCUCCAACAGAGGCGAGAGGUGGUCUUCAGUCAGGCACUGGCAGCCUUAGCCUGUGGUUUUGUCAUGAGGCUGUAUGCAGGGAUGCAGGACAAAGGCUUCCUGAGGCAGCUUCACCUGGUUGGCCUGGUGGCACAGUUUGAGAGCCUGCUCAGCACCUACAGUGACGAGAUUGGGAUGCUGGAGGACAUGGAGGUUGGAAUCUCAGACCUGCAGAGAGUCGUGUUCCAGAUUACUGAGGCCAAAUCAGAUGACCUCAAUGACCUUCAGCCUUUAGUGUGUGGCCGACGAGACCACUUCACUGUAGAAGUGCCAUUACCACGACUGGUUUUCCAGACCUUGCCAGAAGAGAUUAAGGAUGGAAAGCCUCUACGAGUAUUCCCUGUGCUGUUUAACGUGGGCAUCAAUGAACAGCAAACUAUAGCAGAGAGGUUUGGAGAUAUCUCUCUACAAGAAAGAAUAAACCAGAAGAACUUUGAGAUGUUAGAAGCCUACUACAAAUCGUUAAGUGAAAAGGUGCCACUAGAAUGUCUACCAUGUUUUCAGACACAGACUGACAUAAAGGAAUUACUUGAAACCCUGGGCCAGAAUGUAGUUACAAAGAAGAGAAAAAAUGUGGAGAUACUAUGGAUUGCUGGAACGAUCUGCCGAAGGUUAAAUGGUAUCAGGUUUACCAGCUGUAAAAGUGCCAAAGACCGGACAUCCAUGUCUGUCACAUUAGAGCAGUGUGCCCUCCUACGUGAUGAACACCAGCUCAACAAGGAUUUCUUCAUCCGUGCUCUGGACUGUAUGCGAAGAGAAGGAUGUCGGAUUGAGAACGUUCAAAAGAAUAUUAAAUGCAGGAAAUAUGCCUUCAACGUGUUGCAGCUGAUGGCCUUUCCCAAGUGCUACCGGCCGCCAGAGGGGACUUACGGCAAAGUUGAUUCUUGAAGACAUAAGCCAUGUAAAACCAGUCGUUGUGUGUUACCCAGAUAGUAAACAUGAAAGCGUAAAACAAAAAUGUAAAAUGUUUUAUUCUUUGUAACCAAAAAGACUUUCUGGAUGUUACAUUUUGUUUCUAUUUGUUUACUUUUUGGUUGCUCUGGUAUGUGUUCACUGACUUAAGCUGGAUUUGCCCAAAAGGUGUUGUAAAAUUUAUGCACUUUUCUAUUUUUGCAUUGUUUAUUUUUCAUGGCCUAAACAGGGAAAAUACACAGUGUGUAUAUAAUCUGUGUGUGGCUGUACAGUAUGUUCAUGAUCUUUUUUGAGGUGUCUGUGUGCGUGAAGAAUUCCACUCUUGCAUGAAUUAAAUUUUUCUGAGCUCUUUGAGAGGUGAUGGAAUCUGAGCUUGCUCCAUUUGUGAGACGCAGUUUAAAGCUUUAACAAAUGGGCUGACUUGCAAGCGUUGGAGUUGAGGCUAUUUUUUGUGAAAUAGUCUGUUUCAAUGUUCAAGAAGGAACUUCCAUGCUACAGUGAUUUUUGUGGUAUAAAUACUGCCCUCCCACACUGGAAACAGCAUAAUUUCACAUUUGGCUGCGCAGAGCUUUGCCAGAUGAAAGUGCCAGAUUCAAAACUAAAAGUGUUCAUUCCUUUCUGCAGUUCUUUUGCAGUGGAUGUAUACAUUUUCAUGGCAUUACAUAUCCAGGUCCAAACUUUCCCUAUGUUGUUUUUGACUGUUGCAGACGUAUUUUCAUUGUCCUCUGUGAAUAAUCAGAAGUUACAUACCAGUAUUAUAAAGCAUAUGUUGAAUCCUGUUUCCUUUUGACAACUCACCCCAUUCUCUUAAUGGUUGCACUUGAGCUUUUUCCAUAAUAUUUUUAUAUCUCAAGGUACAGGCCUGUGAAAACCACAUGAAGUACUGUCCAGGAAAUUAAAAGAGGAUGAUGGUUAUUGGGCCAUCAUUUCUAAAUGCUAUAUAAUAAAUUCCAUUAUUUAUUUUUGUAUUCUAAAAUUAUUUUAUAUUCUAAGGGUUGAUACCUUGGACUAAUGCAUGUUUAAAAUGUAUUUCUUGUGUUGUA